AUGCCAGUGACUUUCCUCCAGUGAGCGGGCUCUCCCCUCCCUGCCAUGUGCCGGAGUGGGAGGUGUGUGUGUGUGCAGAUGAUGGAGCCGGCUGGACUUCCUUGUUUAGCUUUGCCCAGUAGCAGGCCUGGCUCCUCACCAUGAAGACAGUGGGCCCGGCCCGGCUGACAUAGGAAGUGUUGGCAGUGUGUUGUUAGUGGAGUGCACGCAGCGUGGACGGCUCUGGGAUUUGCUGACUGACUGAGCGACCAUGGGCUGAGUGCGGAGCGGACGGUAGAGAAGUCCCGGAUGAAGAAGUUUCAGUCAUGGCUGUGCUGAGCGCCGUCAGUGCGGAUCGUCGUUGAAGCUUGUAAACGGACAUGAGCGGGUUCGGUGAGGAGUGAGGGGAGCCGUACAGCCGCAGACAAGUGAUUGGUCACUGUGAGGGGACUCCGGGGGACAAAGGCUUGGCAUGUUCUCUUCUCUGUGCCCCCCUAUGCCCGGGGGCUCUUCUCUCAGCCAGCCCCCCGCCCCAGCCCUCUCCACCUCGUCCUCAGCCGCCUCUUCCGUGUCCGGACACCGCCACAGGCCCCGGGAGCCCUCCGGGAAGCGGAGGAAAGAGCGGCACGGGAAAAAGAAACGGAGGCCCGAAGAGGCCACUAUGGGCCUGAUGGAGGAGGGAGAAGUGCCAGCUGUCCCUCGGGGAGCCCGGCACCAUAGAGACAGAAAGAAGAGGCACAGAGAACGCAGGAACCUCCUCAGGAAGGUCGGCACUCUGCACAGCGCCCCUGUGGAAUACGACGACGUCAGUUCGUUAUCCGAAGGCGAGCAAGGCCAGGAGGCUUCCUUCACACCGGCGCUAGGCCUCAUCCCAUCCCCAGCCUCGGAUAGGUGCCCCUCGCCGCCUAUGCUGCACCAAACGCCGCUGCCGCUUCUACGCCAGGCCGUGGACUCUGACAGGAGCGGCCGGAGGAAAAGGCGAAGGCAGGAGUCGGCUCCGAGGAACGAUGGCCGGGGAGGAGGAGGAGGGCGGACCGAGGACAGGAGGAAUAGGCAGGCCGCUGGGAACCUGUUGCUCCCCGAGCCUCUGAUGCACGUUCAGCCCUGGAGGCCUCAGGAGGAGUCCGCCAAGAGGACAGAAGUCAGGGCCGCGGCCUCGCACAGGCCGAAGAGAGAGGAGGCCGCCGCGGCCUCGUACAGCAAGCAGACGCCCAAGGCCUACAGAGGGGACCGGAGCUCGUCCAAGGCCUCGCCCCAAGGCAACCAUCGCAAGAAAUCGGCCAGUCCGGCCCGAUCACCCAGUCCUGGUUACAGCGGACACCGGCUAGGCCGCCGAUCUCCCAACUAUGAGAGGACGGACGCUUCUCCGGGCCGCAGGAGAUCCCGGAGCCCGUACAGCCCGGUCACUAGGAGGUCUGCAAGGUCAAGGAGCAGAAGUCCUUAUAAGUCUCGACGCUCUCGUUCACGAAGUAGACAUAGGGUGUCAAGAUCGAGAAGCAGACAGUCUAGCAUCUCCCCAAGCACCUUGACGCUGAAGAGCAGCCUGGCUGCAGAGAUGAACAAAAACAAGAAAGCCAGGGAAGCAGAGGCUGCUAGAGCUCUAGCAAAAGCUUCUAGCACCUCCACCCCUACUAAGGGACAGUCAGAGGCUGCCAGCAACUCCCAACAGGCAAAUCACGCCAAGGAGCAAAAGAAAAAAAAAAUAGACAUUGCCCCUGCCCCUGCUCCUGCCCCUGCCCCUUCUCCUGCCCCUGCUCCUGCCCCUUCCCCUUCUGUCAAAAGUGACAAAACUAAGGUGAAAACCUUGAUUACCUUGACUCCAGCACUAACUGUGGAUACUAGUGUACAAGCUGAUAAAACGGCCAAGACAAGUGUAAAGGUGAAGAAGAUGGACACUGUGAAAGAGGAAGCAUCUAUUCAGAAAGCGAAAAGCAAAGCACAUAAAAGUGUAUCAACUGGCUCUGAGAAGACUAAAAGUUUAGCAAUGUCGCCAGCAGCACCUUUAUCUCUACCUCUUCCGACCGCCCUCUCUAGUGAUGCAAAUAGUUUCAGAGUCUGUAUCCCUGGAAAAUCGGUCAAGAAGGAAAUGGAGCGAAAACUUCGGCACUUGUUGUCCGACUUGCCCCUCCCACCUGUCCAUUUUGGAAGUGGAGACCCGUCAUGUAGUCCAGAGGGGAAGAAAUCGGCAUUAAAGAACAAACGGAGGCCUAAGAUCUGCGGGCCUCGCUGUGGUGAAAUACCUGAGAAAGACAUCGACUGGGGAAAGCGAUGUGUGGACAAGUUUGACAUCAUUGGGAUAAUUGGAGAAGGCACCUAUGGACAAGUGUACAAAGCCAGAGAUAAAGACACUGGAGAAAUGGUGGCUUUGAAGAAAGUGCGCUUGGACAAUGAGAAGGAAGGUUUCCCCAUCACAGCUAUCAGAGAAAUUAAGAUCCUUCGUCAGCUCAACCACCAGAGCAUUAUUAACAUGAAGGAAAUAGUCACAGACAAAGAAGAUGCGGUAGACUUUAAGAAAGAUAAAGGAGCUUUUUAUUUGGUGUUUGAAUAUAUGGAUCACGACUUGAUGGGUCUGCUGGAAUCGGGAUUAGUGCACUUCAAUGAACUUCACAUAAAGUCUUUCAUGAAGCAACUUAUGCAAGGUUUGGACUACUGCCAUAAGAAGAACUUUUUGCACAGGGAUAUUAAAUGCUCAAAUAUUCUACUAAAUAACAGGGGGCAGAUAAAACUUGCAGAUUUUGGACUAGCAAGAUUGUACAGCUCAGAAGAAAGUCGGCCUUACACCAAUAAAGUUAUUACAUUAUGGUAUCGUCCUCCUGAGUUGCUGCUUGGGGAGGAACGGUACACUCCAGCUAUUGACGUCUGGAGCUGUGGGUGUAUUCUUGGCGAGUUGUUUACAAAGAAACCGAUCUUCCAAGCUAAUCAAGAACUUCUACAACUUGAAUUAAUUAGCCGCAUGUGUGGAAGUCCAUGCCCUGCUGUUUGGCCUGAUGUGAUAAAGUUACCAUAUUUCAACACCAUGAAACCAAAGAAGCAAUAUCGACGAAAAAUCCGAGAGGAGUUUGCUUUCAUACCCACUCCUGCACUGGACCUGUUUGACCACAUGCUAGCAUUGGACCCUAGCAAACGGUGUACUGCUGAACAAGCUCUACAAUGCGAAUUUCUCCGGGAUGUAGACCCAACUAAAAUGGCACCCCCUGACCUUCCUCUUUGGCAAGACUGCCAUGAGUUAUGGAGUAAGAAACGCAGAAGACAGAAACAAAUGGGAAUGAUUGAUGAUGCAACGGCACCAAAAGUACCAAGGAAAGAUUUAUCUGCUGGAAUGGAUGACAGCAGAAACAGCACUCCCCAAGGGAUCCAGACAUCUUCUCAGAUGAAGCCUCAGGGAUUUCCUGGUGUUGCAUUAGGUCACCCAAGUUCUGGACAACAGCUGAAUCAGAAUUCAGUGGCCAUUUUGCUGAACUUGCUACAGUCCCAGACCAGAUGUGUCAGCAUGGCACAGUUGGCACAGGUUUUGAAUAUCACUGUGAAUCCAGAGACCCAGCAACAGCUGAACAAUCUAAAUCUUCCACCUGGUAUUCUUGCAUCCAGUAAAUCCCCAGAGUCAAAAGAAGGAGCCUCCAUUCCAGCUGCAGUACCGGAACCCGAACAGCCCACCUUCCCAUCACUGCCUAUACCCAAGGCUAAGCCGGAUGCACCUCAGACAACCAUGCAGCGCACUUUUUCAGCCCUACUGGCUCAUUUAUUAAAAAAUCAAGAACAAAAACAACAAGCUGAGGCAACACAAGAACCUCCUGAGGAGAAGUUAGAAGAAGAAACGCCGAAACCCAGACGACCUCCAAGCCCUGCACCUAUUGAUGAAAAGGAACUUGUUGAUCACCGUGAUCCAUCAGUGAAAAGCUCAUCACCUGAACCAAAUCAUCCUCAAAUAUUGCCUCCAGAUCAGCGGCCCCCAGAGCCACCAGAACCUCCUCCUGUGGGAGAGGAAGAUCUUGAUUACCGGACAGAAAGGCAGCAAGUACCCAACACCAACAUGUCUGCUUGUGACCCCCAUGCAGAAGUUAAAGCAGCACUGUUGCAAAUUAUCAGGCUCCAGGCUCAGGAACAAGAUACAGCUGGUGUAGACUACUCUGGUGGCAAACCAUUUACCAAGACUUCAGACAGCACUGAGCAAUGUGGACCAUCUUUCCUCACAACGCCCUAUAGCAGUGAGAGACCUAGUAACAUGCCUGCUACUGUUUUAGAAAGGCACCCGGAAAACCAGCCUAUUGAUAACUACAGUACUCCUUCAUCUCAAAUCAGUAACCAGCUUCCUGCAAACCCUCCUUUUCAAGAGCCCUUCUGUAAUUCUGCCGCCACUUACAGGGACAGCUACCUCAAUGCUGGUUCCAUGUUAUUUAGUGGUGACAAAGACCACAGAUUUGAAUAUAGUCACAGCCCCCCAAUUAUUUUGGCAAACAAUAAUCUCUCUGCAGGAAUGGACAGUCGUACAAUGCCAACAAAAAUGCCUAACUUUAGCUACAGCACUAAUGUACCAGAGCAUCCUGGUCUACCUGCGAUGAUGCACAGACCUGUGUGGGCGUCCCCCCACCAGGCACCUGCUUUCUCUCAAGGACAUGGGGGACAUAUGGGUACAUAUGUCAGAGGUCGUGGGAGGGGCUUACCAUUUUGAUUUUUCUUUUUCUUUUUUUUUUUUUCUCAGGCAAAGUAUUUCUAUCUGGAAUGACUUUUUAAUUUUUGUCAAAGCUGCAUUUUCCAGCAGCUACAAAAUAGACUUAAGAAUGAGUCUGACAACAGCUUUAUUUUUUAUGUAAUAUAAAAUGGUUUUGCAAUACGACAGCAAACAGUGGAGGGGAGGGCAAAUACUGCAAUUCAUGUAUUUGAGAGCUAAAUAACUAAUUUACACAUUGACAAAUAUUAGUUAAAUAUCUUCAUUUUGUACUUUACCAUUUUUGAAGUUUAAUUAUUUUAUGGGCAUCAGCUUUUGUUUUCCCCACUGGCACUUGCAAGAAUUUUGAAGAAUAUGGCACAUUUGUGCUUAUUUUUUUGUACAUUUGGACCAAUGACUGGUAAUUACAAGGCAGUGCUUUAAUUCCUUGGUAUCUGUUUCUUUGUACAAAAACUACCUUUAGUCAAAGGUCAUUGUCGGUUCUUUCACUGCUUUCAGUGUCAUUGUGAAACUAGUGCUCAUUUCAGACAGAAUAAUAAAACAACCUUUUUCUUGUGAUGCAAA